UUCAAUCCAUUUUUCUGUAUCCGAACGUUUUGGGCCACGAUGGCUGACGAGGCAAAUCGGCCUCUACUCGAUGGGCGGGUCAGCCCCGAGAGACCAUCCAACGACCCGCCUAGGCCAUCAUAUCAAUUAUCAACAGAUUCUUCGCAAGUUUCGCACCACUCUGGAGAUACAUUGACGGUCUAUUCCACCGAGCAAAGAGCAUCACAAUCUCAUUCUGGUGUCGAUGAAUCCGGGGUCUCAAUGGCUGACGCAGCGAACCCGGCGCUAUUGAAUGUGCAGUCUGGCUCUGAAACACCACCUGCCGACCAAUCGGGACCGUCAUGUCAGCUAUCAACAGAGUCACCACAUCUUUCGCAGGCCAGUAAAGAUGAUAUGACGGUUUAUAGUACCGAACAAAGAUUAUCACAGUCUUCGUCAGGCGGAAUUGGGGGCAGCCAUAGAAUUCCGAGCCCAAGUGCUGAUGGAGCGGGUCAGCCUCUUCUGAAUGGAAAUUCCAAUGGUCCUGAAUGGUCGCCGGAAAGGAUAUCAACCGAUCAGGCUAGGGCAUCAUAUGAACUGUCAUCGGAAUCAACACCUCUGUUACACCGUCGUGACGGUGAUUUGAUCUAUGGGACUGAGCCGAGGUCACCACGAUCUUCUUCAAUAGCCUCACGAGUCUCGCCCGACGAUGACGACACCCCGAAACGAAGUCGUGUGCGUUGGCCGACGGUCAUCUCCCUCUCUAUUCUAACACUCAGUAUUUUGACAAUACUGGUGCUUGCGUUUGCUGCUCCAGCGGCGGUGAAAGAAUAUGCACAACAAGCUGCUGUAUUCAAGCCAACAACAGUCUCAAUUGAUUCUGCGACGUCUGAUGGUGUUCGGGCCCGGAUUCAAGGGGACUUUGUGAUGGACUCGGGCCGCGUGAACAACAAACCGGUUCGGAACAUUGGUCGAUUGGCUACAUGGAUCGCCAGGGAAAUUGAGACUGGCCCAUCGGAUGUUGAAGUCUACCUCCCGGAGUAUGGGAAUGUGCUUGUUGCAAAUGCAAUAUUGCCCUCCAUCAAGGUCGAUGUCCGCAACGGCCGUCAUACACAUGUUGACUUUCUCGCUGAUAUAGAGGCUGGAGACGUUCGAGGAAUUCAUGCUGUAGCCAUUGAUUGGAUUGAGGGAAGGCUGGGCCGCCUUAAUGUCAAGGGCAAGGCAACGAUGCAUUUAAAGUCUGGGUUGAUCGCUUUGGGAACUCAAGUGCUGACAGACAAUGUCAUCUUUGAAGAGCAUGAUUUCCCAGCCCUACCGAGUAUCGACAUUCUCAAGCUGAACGUGCAUGAUGCAAAGAAUGGUGCCAUGGCAGUAAAUGUUCUGCUCUCGUCCUUGACUGGUUCUCCUAUUGCUUUCUCCAUUCCUGUCCUCGACUUUGAUAUCCUAGUGCCCAAUUGUUCGCCUGGAGACCCUUACAUUCUGGUUGCCGAUGCAAAGACGAGUGCGAUAGAUGUGCAACCCGGCCAGGCAACCUCAAUUGGCGUCGAGGGUCUCAUCCAGCAAUUACCUGAUGAAUUAACCUCUAGCUGUCCGGGGCAGAAAGGUUCUCCUCUGGAUCUUUUGGUUUCUAGUUAUAUCCAAGGUCACGAAACAACCAUCUACAUUCGUGGAUCUGAUGCCCCGUCACCCGAUACUCCAGCAUGGAUCGUAGACCUGUUGCGCAGCGUGACUGUGCCGCUGCCAUUCACAGGGCAUGCAUUGGAUAAUCUUGUCAAGAACUUUACUAUGUCUGACACCCAUUUCUCCCUUCCAGAUCCCUUUGCGGCGCCAGAUUCUCCGGACUCGCAGCCUACAGUGUCUGCCUUGGUGAAGGUUCUCAUUGCUUUGCCGGAGGAGAUGAACUUCCAAGUUGAUGUCCCACAAGUUCGUGCACUUGCGGAUGUCUACUACAAGGAAGAGAAGUUUGGCGUGUUGAACAUCAGCAAAUGGCAAGAUGCCAACUCCACAAUGGUGAACGAUCACGAUGGCUCUUCGGCACUCCUUGUCGAGUUUGCAAUGAAGGAUGCACCAUUAAAAGUCACAGAUGAUAGCCUUUUAGCAGAGGUCAUUCAAGCAAUGCUGUUCGGCAGUGAAACCGUCGUGCUGCGGGUUGCUGCCACCGUAGAUACCAAAGUCUCAACUGGCUUAGGCCGCUUUGCCGUGCGAGGAAUCCCUGCGGAAGGGAAGGUACCUGUGAAGACUUCUAUCGGCAACUCGCUCAAUCAACUGAAUCCGCGCGUGGUCUCACUUCAAUUAGGAAGUACGACUGAAUCUUCAAUGUUGGUGUCUACGCGGGUGAACUUCACCAACCCAACGAACUACUCCGCAACAAUCCCCUUUGUCGACUUUCUUGUGCGCUACAAUGACACCACUGUUGCCCACAUCGCUGCCCAGAAUAUCUCUAUUGCGCCUGGAAACAAUAGUUACGUUCCGUUCGAGUGCUUUUGGAGUCCGCUGGACGCAGGUGGAAUAGAUGGCGUUGAGGCGGGACGGGCGUUGCUUUCAUCCUACAUAUCAGGAUCCAAUACAACGAUCACGAUCAAAAGUCACCGGGACACGAUUCCAUCUCUCCCAGGUCUGGGCGAAGCAUUAUCAGUUCUCAACAUCACCGUUCCCGUCCCUCGCAUCUCUAUCCCGGGUACUCCAGGCAAUGACGAAGACCAGAAACCGCAUUUCAUUCAAGAUGCAACGUUUUUCCUAUGGUCUUCAACCGCGGAAUUUACUCUUUUCUCACCCCUGGCAGAAAAUGAUAUCCUAAUUACUUCAAUUGACGCAACGGCUUUCUACGAAGAAAAAGAACCAAUCGGCCGGAUCAACAACCGAGAUCCAUUCAGAGUGCCUCCUGGUAUAUCCACGACGCCACGCUUGCCAGUCAAUCUUAACAUGGGCGGCGUUGGAUACGAUGCGUUGCUCAAGGCACUUGGUCAGUCGUUGAAGAUGGAUGCUUUCGCCAAGGUCAGAGUGCAGAUUGGGAACUACAUGGAUGUCGUCUCUUAUCAUGGGAAGGGCAUUGCAGCUAAAGUGAGGAUUUAG